AUGUACAUUAAAGAUCGUCGAAUUUUUAGACUACGAUGCCGUAUUUGUCGGCAAUUUUUGACUGGAAUCAACGCGGCUGGCAUCGGCGAGGCUUGGCAAAUUACGCCAUAUAUAAAAUCGCUCUACACAGAUUAUGCGUUUCGACCACGAUUGGACUCCUCGGCGUUCGAAGUUCGCACCGUAAGUGGAGUAGGUCGUCUGGCUCCACUCGACGAAUCACGAAGCCUUCAGAAGCAUCCAGAACUUACUACAUUGAGUUUCGUGGAACCAAACGUCCUUCCAGAAGAGGCUCAGGAAGUCCUUCACGAAAGUAAGAACCUCGAGCAUUUCCGGAAACUUUUGGAAGAUUCAUCGUAUAACGAUAGCGAGAUUGAAGACAAUGUCGAAGGCGGUACCGUACCUAUUCAAAAGAUUCUUCAAAAGACACUCAUGAUGAGAAUUCUGCAUGCGGACAAGGAAGACAAUGACGACGACGAGCAAGCUACGAGAGGCAUCGUACAACGUAUUCGUAGGCAAGCGGAGAACGAAACAAGUAUGGAGAAAAUCUCGAUGAAGAACGUGCGCGAAGCUCGUUUGAACUCCCCCGAAACAUGGUCGACCGCGGCACAGCCAAUUUCAGUGGAGUUUCGUCAACGCAUUCCCUUGGAUCAGGUGAUUCAGCAGCAACAAGAGGAGGAAGAGGCUGCGGCUCUGUCCAGCAUCUACCGUAGGCAUCAGGCACCUAGAGCGGACUUCGUGACGGGCCAGCAACAUCGACGCUAUCCAGACUAUCGCGAAUCCAGGGAUAUGCCGGUCACUAGGAACUAUGAUGAUUACGACCCAAUGUCUUGGUAUAGGAACGCAAUACGCGAGAGGGAUUACGAGUAUCGCCGUGGAUACAGCCAAUAUCCCGAUCGCUACAGGAUGGAAAGGGAUUAUUACGUGCGGUCACCGAGCGAUCAGUAUUACGAUCGUUACGAUCGUUACAGAGAUGAAGACCUCGACCUCUACGGCAGAAACCGACCCGCGCCGAAGCCUAGACGGAUCAUCUACUAUGCUACCCUGCCGGAAGUCGUGAGGAAACCGGUAGAGUUGCGGAAUUACCCGCGAUAUGAUGGUGCGGUCAGAACGUCGAUCACGCGAGACGGUACCUAUAAACGCAUACCCGGUAACGUCGAUCCCGGCAAGUAUCGGUACACACAAUCGUACAACAGUUAUGAUCCCUAUACAAAGAGGUCGAGUUAUUACGAUCAUUCAUACGGAUAUCCCGAGGAUAAUUCACGAGUCAGAGCGUCCACCAAGGAAGAUUUGAGAAAUGACAGAUUUGAAGGCGUGAACGAGCGGAAAGUGAGCAAUCUCAUAACGAUCAAGGACGACGAUUCGGGUAAGCUGCCUUGGCCAGUGCAAAUCGGCACGGAGGUCAGCAUCAAAGAUGACGAAAGGAUUCCUGGCCGAAAGAUCUUUGGCGAGUCGAAUAUCGGAUACGAGAGGUUCCAAAGUGCGCAGCUGCAGAAAGCGCCAGAUGCGACGGGAUCCAGCGAGCUUCAAAGCGAUAAUUAA